GACAAAAUCAUCCACACGCAAGUCGUCUUCCAUUCUCUUCAUUCGCUUCUUUUCUUGUGGCAGGACCACCCAUUCGUUUCUACACUACUCAACGAACUCCUGUGCGACGUUUCAAAACAAACACAAUGAAGUUUCUCUCUCUUGUUUAUCUCUCAACUGCGGCUUGUGCCCUUUCCAUACAGCCUCGGCAGUUUGGCGGGUUUUUUCGUGGACAGCCCAAUUUUGAAAAUGGCGAUAUCACCAAUGGCGACAUUCCACAAAAUGAUGCCAACAACGGUGCCAAUCAAGGUGCCGGAAAUGGGGCAAACAACGGCAACAUUCCGCAGGAUAAUCCACAAGACGGUGCUAACCAGGACAAUGGGAACGGGGCGGGUAAUGGUGCCAAUGACGGAAACAAUGGUGGUCAGGGAAAUAAUGGCGGACAAGGAAAUGAUGGUGGUCAGGGAGCUGGCAACGCAACUGGCGGUGGUGAUGCGGCUGCGGCGGACGGCCAGACGGUAGUGUUUACCGAAAUCAACGGAAUACCUGGCAACGAGUGCCUUACGUUCAGAAACAACGGCGAAAUCGUUGAUGCAGCUUGUGUCAAUACCGCUGCAGACCGUCAAGUUACCCCUUCAACAGUCAAUGGGCAGAGCGCACUUCAAGUCCAACGAACCUUCACCGCAGGCUUCAGACCUGAUCUUGUGGACGCUCAGGCAUGUAUCGGAUUCAAUGGGACUCAUUUCCGUGCCGAGGACUGCAACGCCGAGGGAGUCGAGCCAGUCGCCUUCCAGAACGGCCAGUUGGUAGCCUCUGGCGGUGCUUGCGCGAGUGGCCACGAUGAUUUGGCACAGAUGACAGUCGACACAAGUGGAGCCCAGUGUGCGACUUACACAACCACCAACGUGCAACCUGCAGCCGCUUAAGCAAAUGGUAAAGCUUGGUAAGCUAGUGAGAAUGCAAAAGCAAGGAAUUCCAACACAGUUAUAAUGGCCUAGUAUUAAUUAUUAAGGAAAGGCCUUAUAAUAAGGUAAAAGAGUGUAUAAC